AUGGCAAGUUCAAAAGUAUUAGAUGGAGAUUUACCUGAAAUAACAAGUUUUAUUUUACGUAAUUUAAGAAAUGAUAUUAAAUCACUUCAUUCAUGUAUAUUGGUUAAUCGAUUUUGGUGUCGUAUUGCAAUACCAUUAUUAUGGGAAAACCCUUUUUCUAUUAAUCUCAAUAAAACAAAUUCACAUUUUCUUGAUAUUUAUCUUUCAUCAUUUCAUGACGAUAACAAUGUAUUAGAAGAACUUGAAAUUAAUAGAAUUAAUAACACAAGAUUAUCAUCAUUUAAUUAUCCAAGUUAUAUUAGAACGGUUGAUACUCAUAAAAUAGAAAUGACUAUUAGAGAAUGGAUUUUAAAUUUCACUACAUUGGCGAAUGAAACCGAUGAAACCGAUGAAACAAAUGAAACCAACGAAACAAAUGAAAUAAAUGAAACGGUUGAUAAUAAUUCAAUUCAAACAUCACAACAAUCUAUUAUACCACGACCGUUAACGAUAUCACCGGAAUUGGCCAUCUCAAUUUCUACUUUAGCAGAGAGCGCACAAUCUUUAGUACAUGCAGCUUUAUCAGCUAUAUUUAAUUUAAAUAAACCUGAUUCGCCAAAAGUUAAGAAUGCAAUUCAACGGAUUUAUACAGAAAUAUUUAAAUUAUUUAUUGAAAGUGGAGCAACAUUAAGUACAUUUCAUCUUAAUAUUGAUAAUUUAAAUAGUGCAAUAUUUAAUGAUAUUUACAAAUUAUUCUUAAAUAAUCCACAAUUUAUUUCUGAUAUUAAAAAUUUUACAUUUGGAUUUAGAAAAAAUCCUUUUCCUUUAAAAAUUAAAACUUUAGCAAUUAUGGGUUGUGAAAUUGAUAAUGAUGAUUUUGAUAAUACAUUUUUUGAUCCUUUAUUUAAAAAAAUUGAUUCUAAUGAUUUAAAUCUUUUUUUUCAAAAUUCAAAUCAUGUAAAAUUUGAAAAAUUUUUAUUAAGAACAAGAAAUAAUGAUGUUGAUCCUAUUUUAAAUGUUUUACAAGAUUUUAUUAAAAAUAAUGAUAAUUUAAAAUAUAUAGCUUAUGAAAAAGGUAGUAUUAAUUCAAUUGAUGAUGAAAUUUGUUAUAAGGGUUUAGAAGAUAGAAUUAGAGAAUGUGGAUCUUCUGUUAAAGUUGAAAAAUAUAAUGAUAUUCGUAUAGAUACGAAUUAUAUUUAG